AUGAUAACCUACAUCUCAACUAGAGUGUCCAAGUCCACCAAUACCCGAGUCACAAAUCAGACCCCGAUUUCAUUAGAGGUCAAGAUCACACUGCCUACCAGAGUCAUCUUUGGUGAUACCGAAACCAUCAAAAGGUUUGAUCCAUCUGAGCUUGUUCAGCUGCCCAAGAACAGGCUUGGAGUUGGUUCCAUAGGAACGCUUUAUAAGGUCGUUCUUGAUAGUGGCUCGAUAAUCACAGUUAGGAAGAUCUGUAAGAGGAUAAGUUGUAAUGUAGAUAAUUUUGAGUAUUGGGCCAGGUUUUUUGGUGGUGUUCGUGAUGACCCUUGGCUUUUGCCCAUGUUGUUUGGUUUUUGGUUUGGUGGAGAGGCUUUUGUUAUUCAUGAGUACUUGUGUUUAGGCAGCUUGGAGGAACUUUUACAUGGCAGCGAAGGAGUUCAAUUUACACCAUUAAGUUGGCAAAUCAGACAACAAAUAGCACUAGGAGCGGCAAAAGCAGUAGCAUCAAUUCACAGUCGAGUCACAAAAACAGGCGAACCUCUCAUCUGUGGGGUGAUCAAGUCGUCAAACUUAUUAAUACAAAACGACUUCUCCCCUCUUCUUGCUAGCUAUGAAACACCAUACCUGUUCCCUUCUUCAAGUAUCAUCAGAAGAAACUGUGGCCGAAUAGCCCCAGAGCUAACACGAACAAGAAACAUCUCCAAGUCGUUUACAAAACAAUCAGAUGUGUACAGUUUUGGAAUUCUGAUGUUGGAGCUUAUUACUGGGAAGAAACCUUCCGUGACUAAUUUAGGCCAGUACGUAACCGAGAAAAGAGCACGCGAGGGUCCAAAAGGGGUUGCUGAUAAGCGAAUGCUUGAUGUCACAGUUAACGUUUCGGCUAUGAUUCAGAUUGCAGAGAGGUGCCUUUUUUCUGAUCCGAAACAACGCCUUUCAAUGGGGGUUGUAGUUGAAAAGAUUCAAUCGGCCAUUGAUUAA